UUGGUAACCAUGGACGCUGACUGAUAUACACAGUCACUCUUCGGCAAGGGAAGGAGGAACUGAGAUGGACAGCUCGGUGUGUGCGGAUGUUUUCAUGUUGAUUUCUCUGUCGUUCUUAUUUAGUUCUACAGAUGGACUCAUCUGCUAUUCAUGUGAUGCCACAUUCGGGACGACACAGCCCGUCGCCAACAUUGAUUGCCUGGCUGUAGGACUCAACAUCACGUGCCCCACAAAUCAGAACCGUUGCUUUAGCAAACACGCCAUCAUGGAAACGGGGGCUGUUGUCGACAAGGGCUGCACACAAAGCGACCAGUGCCUCGGUACAACGCUAUGCUGCAACGCCGACUUCUGUAACUCGGAUCUGCCGAGGACGGUGACCGGAUACGGGCGGACCUGUACAGACGCACAAGGUUGCGUGCAGGGUGGGCGCGAGAUGAUCUGCGUACCAGAGGCUCCCGGAAGUAGGAUCAGGCGCUGUUUGUGCGCAGAGGACAGCUAUCAGAAAGGAUCCAUAUGCAAACGAAAGAGCUUCCCCGGGUUACCUUGUGAACUCACGCGCCACUGCCUUGACGUCAACAGCACAUGCAUUUCGGAUGUAUGCACGUGUAACGAGGGCAUGUUCACAGAUGUCAACAAAUGCUCGCGCAAGAUGGGUUUGGGCUUCCCUUGCAAUGUGAGUGAGGGGUGCCUGGGGGAAAACACCGCAUGUACCGCGGGUGCGUGCGCCUGCGAGUUUGGAUUCAUAGCCAUCAACGGAACUGAUAGCUGUUCCGGGUUCGAGACCUACCACGGUUCCUGGGACCUCCGCCUCUGCGCCGCGGUUCUGUACGCGAUCCUUAUGCGAUGGUCAAUAUACCAGAGUUGAUGAGCAGUUAUAUACUAAUAUAUAGAAAUGCAUGCACAGUGAUAGUUAUUAUUAUUAUUAGAAUAUAAGGACACUAGAUUAUUCAUGUAGAGUAUUUAUUGGAGUUUGCUUGUACAAAUGGCGUGUCAAUUUAAUAUGACUCAUAUAAUGUUUCAUUCCUGAAUACCUUCUGUUCUUUGUGUGUAAACUUUUUUAACUUUUCUAUUCAAUGAAUAUUUGUUCUGUCUGAAUGCUGUUCUGUAUUAUUAUGCGUUAUGCAAUUAUUAUGCAAUUGAUUUUACUGUUGUAUCAAGAUGCUUUCAUACUAGCAGUAAAAAGUGUAUCAAAUAAUAUCAUUACUUAUUUGUGUCGCUGUCUUUAAAUUUGUGUUGGACAAGGAAAUUUCAGCGAUGUUAUUUUUAUGUUCUUUAUGAAUAUAUACAAUGUAGUCCCA